AUGGCAACGCUCGGCACGGUCUUCGUCGGCAGCUGGGCCGCAAUGGGAGGAAAGAAGAGCUCGACAGCGAAGGGCCCGCAGAUUCAGGCAUCGAGCAAGGACGAGGAGAAGUUCAUACAAGAAUUCAUGAAGAACGCGGAGAAGGAGGACAAGAAGACGUCGGGCCACGCAGUGUAG